AAAUUUGACGUCAAUUGAAUACUUGUUACGCCUCGAUGGCAUCAUCAAUAACUUCCACGUACAAUUUUAAAUAAAUAUAACAAUGGAUUACAUAUUAUAACUACUGUUCGUUUAUAAACGCUUGGUAUAUUUUGUUGCGCACGCGCAACAACACCGCAACAAGAUAGCUAAUUUCAAAUGUCAAGACCGUUAUUUCUUAACCAAAAAAGUUUAGUGUAGUGUGAUAUGAAACAAAAUUACAAAUGAAGUUUUACGUUUGAUUGUCUAAUUUUUUAAAUAGAAUACUCUAUAAAAAAUGUUAAAAUUUCCCAGUUAACAAAAAGCCAUAAAUUAGUGUGUGCUAAUUAAUUACAAUAAAUUAAGAAUUAAAAUAAAAUGGAAGCAUUAAAUUGUUUUGGUGAUAAUAAUGUGGUCAAUCCUAAGACGAGAAAUAUCAACGUUGAUAUGAAAGACAUGAUUCUUACGCCGCAGACAUGCGUUUCUGUAAUCAUCGAAAUUCUCAAAGCGGUGCUCUACGAAAAAUCGCAACUUCCAUAUCCAUAUUCAUGGCUGAAGAAUGCCUUGAGUAAAAGAAAACCUGAGCCAAACAUACAUUCACACAGUAUAUCAAUCAUAGUGCAGAAGUAUUUCAAUUUGGCGUCGAAUGCAUUCAGAAGCGUGGAAGAUAUUACGACGAAUCUAAGUUCAUUGAUGAGUAGUUGUCAAAAAGUGCAAGAGGUAGUCAUUCUUUUUGGAUCAACACCCUACACACCCAAAGAGGUCUUCACCAUCAAAUUUCCAGAUCUUGCUAAGGGUCAUAUUGAAAGCAAUCAUAAAAAUAUGCUGCAAAAGAAGUUGCAUAAGGUUUUGAGAAAUGUCUUUCUAUCAGACCAAUGGCUGAGUGCAAUGCGUCAUCAAAUCCAAGUAACCAACACUUUUAUUAUGGUGAAAAAAGUUGGUGUCCUCAGACAUGAAGAUGAUUACUUUGAGCAUUAUAAAAACUUCGUGGUGCCGACAAACGUCUGCAAUACGGUGAUCACGUUGAACUACGACAAGAAGCAUGACACAUGCUGCGAAAAUUUACGAGUUUACGGUGAUACAAGUAAGACUACUGUGCCGCGUGCGAUUCAAUCAAUACAAUCGAGAAACGUCGAAUGGUAUCAAGCGAAAGGCGUCGUUAAAGGUUUUCAAGACUUUUUUAUUGAGAAAGUUUCGGUUUCCGAAAUAUGGUAAACAAAAUUUUUAGUUAUUAUGUACACCUCAAUGCAUUCUGCCUUAAUUUGCAAUUUAGUUUGCGUCCGUAUUCUUCUGCGAGGCGUUGUUCUGCAAGUAAAAAUUUAUUGUGAAUUUAUAAUAUGCUAUCAAAUGUAUACCUACUUGAACACA